CGAGCGCUCGUCCCCCCACCCCCCCGGAUCAUUUCCCGUGAGAGAGAGAGAGAGACGAGAAAAAGAGGAAUAAAACCUCCUCUCUUUUUCUUCGUGAGGGAGCCUCCCAUCGCCUUCGUUCUUCUUCUCCCCCCCCGGCGCCGAUAGAUCUAGGGUUAGUGUUUUAGGAGGGGGGAGAUGGGGCAGCAGUCGCUGAUCUAUAGCUUCGUGGCCAGGGGGACGGUGAUCCUGGCGGAGUACACGGAAUUCACGGGGAACUUCACCAGCAUCGCCUCCCAAUGCCUACAGAAGCUCCCGGCGAGCAACAACAAGUUCACCUACAACUGCGACGGUCACACCUUCAACUAUCUCGUCGAGGAAGGAUACACAUAUUGUGUAGUUGCAGUUGAGUCAGCUGGCAGACAAAUUCCCAUUGCCUUCCUGGAGAGGAUUAAGGAGGAUUUUGGCAAAAGAUAUGGAGGAGGAAAAGCUGCAACUGCUGCAGCUAACAGCCUCAACCGAGAUUUUGGGCCAAAACUGAAAGAGCACAUGCAGUAUUGUGUGGAUCACCCUGAGGAAAUAAGCAAACUGGCGAAAGUGAAAGCGCAGGUCUCAGAAGUCAAAGGAGUUAUGAUGGAAAAUAUUGAAAAGGUUCUUGAUCGUGGGGAGAAAAUUGAGUUGCUUGUUGACAAAACUGAGAAUCUCCGCUCUCAGGCUCAAGAUUUCAGGCAGCAAGACAAAGAUGAGGAGGAAGAUGUGGUUACAGAACAUGAAGAUAAAGCUGAUUGUCUUGGGCAUCAUCAUUGCAUUAAUUCUCAUCAUAAUCUUGUCCGUUUGCCAUGGCUUCAAAUGCUAAUAUGAGCGGAUAUGAGAUCACUCCACCUCCUCCUCCCACUGAAACUGGUGCUUUUGAGUAUGGUGAUGUCACUUGCUACUACAUAAAAACUAGUGCUUUGUUGAAGAAUUGUGGUUAAGCGUUCCUCCUUGUGAAUGAGUAUUUUCAUUCUAAUGUUUUCUUGCCUGUUCGGAACUGGGAUGGGAUUGACUUUGUAAUUUGGAUGUUAUGCGUGUAUAGCCUAGGCGCUAUUCUUUCUUGCUACAUGGAGUAGUUCUCUUUCUGUGCCCUGUUUUCUCCGUAUGGACAUUUUGUUGAUGCCUGAGUAUUGAUUGUGCGUU